AUGGCAGAAACAGCAGUACCUGAGAUCGCCCACCAAGACGGCGGCCCGAAACGACAGCCACCUCAUACGUCAACAGAAUUGAGCUCAGAGUCUGGAAGUACAGUCCAUACCAGGACUCGUCGGCAGAAACUCAGCGAUGUCUUCACCAUCUUUGCGAGCGGUGCCGCUCUUAUUAGCGAUGGAUACCAGAACAAUCUCAUGACGAUGACCAACGUCGCAUUGCGAAAGGAAUAUCCGAAACAAUACACAUCCUACUUCAGCACUGGCGUGUCCAAUGCACUGCUCGUCGGUGAGGUCAUUGGCCAAGUUGUCGUUGGUCUCACCUGCGAUUACCUCGGUCGCAAGUUCGCGAUUAUUCUCACCACAGUCAUGAUUGUCGUCGGAGGCAUCCUUGCGACUGCUGCGUCCGGUACCACCAUCCAUGGGACGUUCUGGAUGCUGAUCGUAGCAAGAGGCAUCGUCGGCUUCGGAACUGGCGGUGAACAUCCUGCAAGCUCAACUUCUGCAAGCGAAGCCGCGAAUGAACAAACCCUCAAGCAGCGGGGUCCGUUGUUCAUCCUGGUUACCAAUCUGCCGCUUUCGUUUGGUGGACCACUCGCCGUUUCAAUCUUCCUUAUCGUGUUAUCUGCCGCUGGUCAAGAUCAUCUCGGAACUGUGUGGCGCGUGUGCAUGGGUAUCGGGUGCCUCUUGCCACUGUCCGUCUUCUACUUCCGCAUGAAAAUGCUCAACUCGAAGCUGUACCGCCGUGGUGCGAUCAAGAAGCGUGUUCCAUACACUCUUGUGUUGCGCUAUUACUGGAAUCGACUCUUGGGCACAUGCGGCGCAUGGUUUCUGUACGACUUCAUCACGUUCCCCAAUGGGGUCUUCUCUGCGACAAUUCUCAGCGGAGUAGUCAAGAAGGGCAACAACAAUGUUCGCUCAACUGCUGAAUGGCAACUGUUGCUUGGUGCUAUCGCGUUGCCUGGUGUCAUUGUUGGUGCCUAUCUCUGCGAUCGCAUCGGACGCAAGAACACGAUGAUGCUCGGGUUCGGCGGCUACCUCGUCUUCGGAUUGAUCAUCGGCUGCGCGUAUGAGCAAAUCACCAAGAUCUUGCCUCUCUUUGUCGUCUUCUAUGGCAUGAUGCAGAGCUGUGGUAACAUGGGACCUGGCGAUAUGCUCGGCCUACUUUCAAGCGAGAGCUAUGCUACAGCCGUGCGUGGUACCUGCUAUGGUAUCUCGGCUGCGCUCGGCAAGACUGGUGCUGCGAUCGGUACGCAAGCUUUCACUCCCAUCCAGGUACACCUGGGAAAGAGGUGGACAUUCAUUAUUGCGGCCAUCUGUGGAGUCGCUGGUAUCCUGGUGACUUAUUUCUUUGUGCCCGAUCUGAAAGGAGAGGAUCUCGCUCAGGAGGACGAGAAGUUCCGAGCGUAUCUUGUGUCGAAGGGGUGGCAUGGAGAGAUGGGUGAGGAUGAUCUGAAAGCUUUGGCUAAUGAAGGCGUACCGGAGGCAACGGUCGAGGACUUCAAGAGAGCCUGA